GUGCCUUCUGCCCUUCUCCUUUUAAUUUGAUGUGGCCCAUGGUCAGCAAUAAAGCACCACAGAACAGCUGUGCCUGGUCUCAGAAACGGGGAGCUGUGAAAAACUGAGAAAUCUCUUUAAGAAAGUAAAAGGAACAUCUAAGGUGCUAAAAGCUUUUGAGGGAACAGUAGAAACAUGAUCACCAGGGCAGUGUAAGUGCACAUCGAUAUCAGGACAAACUGGGGAAAAGGGCAAGAAGCAGAGCUCAGAAAAAACAAGUUACAUUCAGAGAAGAAAAUUGAAAGAACCAUAAGCACUGAUCCAUUAAACACAAACCAGGGCAGAGGUGGUUAUAAAACCAAACGGAGUCACAUUUGAAACAAGGCAGAAAAAUGCACAAUACGUGUUUUUGCAAGUAACAGGGGAUCUGGUGAGAUGUUUGGAGAGCUAACAGGAAGUCUGAAUACCCAGGAGAGAAAGAAAGCACAGGUUCCGAGAGCCCCAGCUUUCUCCAAAGUGAGAUUCGCAGCACUUCAGCCUCUCCUGAGAGGCUGGGUUUGUUUCAGUGCAGGGACAUGAGACUAAAUGCUAAUUGUAGAAGGAGUAGAAAAGAUCUCUUGUAUAGCCAGCUAAAAGCCUUCAAAAAUAUGGCUUCUAGAAAUGGUACCUACAAUGGUACCUGAAGAGAUGCUAAGAUGCCUGCUGUGGGUGGGGUUCUUUGGUUCCUUGAAUGGAAUGGGCUGCUGCCUGUUGGCUGGAGCUGGCAGUGGGAGCAAGAGAAGGACCCACUUCUGCCAAGAGCCCAAUAAAACAGGAUCAGAAAUCAUAGAAUCAUAGAAUAGUUUGAUUUGGAAUGAUCCUUUAGCAGGUCAUCUAGUCCAACUCCGCCAUGGGCAUCAUCAACUAGACCAGGUUGCUCAAGUGACCUAGGACAGCUGCAUACAAAUGUUUCCAGGGAUGGGGCAUCCAUCACCUCUGUGGCAGCCUGUGUCAGUGUUUCACCACCCUCCUUGUCAAACACUUAUUUCAUAUCUCUAAUCUUAAACGGACUCUCCUCCAGCGAUCUGCAGCAAAGAGUUGUGAGGCUCAGAGAAGAGAGCCUAACACCCGCUUUUUCUGCACCGCAUCACUAGAGGGUUUGCUCUAGCGUCCUUCCAGGAGAACUGCCUGAACUUCCCUUGGAGUGCGUAGCAAAUAAACCGAGCAAAUCCAGUUUCCCAGAGCUGGGCAAACCCCUCGCGGAAAUGACUGCGAUCCAUCCCGGGACGCGGCGGGGAGCGGCCCCGAGGCGGGGUUUGGGGGCGGCCGGAGCCAGCCCCGCUCCGCACCCCGCAUCGCACGGGGCUCCGCACCCCGCAUCGCUCCGCACCCCGCAUCGCACGGGGCUCCGCACCCCGCAUCGCUCCGCACCCCGCAUCGCACGGGGCUCCGCACCCCGCAUCGCUCCGCACCCCGCAUCGCACGGGGCUCCGCACCCCGCAUCGCUCCGCACCCCGCAUCGCACGGGGCUCCGCACUCCGCAUCGCUCCGCGCCCCGCGUCGCUCCGCAGCCGCACCGCGCACCCCGCCAUGCCGGCGCUGCUGGCGCUGCUGGCCGCGGCGCUGCUGGCGCUGCUCGGGGCCGGACGAGCGGCCGCCCCCGGCUCCUGGGCGCCGCUGAAGCGCUGGGCCCUGGGCUGCCUCCUGCUCUGCCUCGGCUCCUGCAGGCAGCGAGUGGCCGCAGGCACCGCCGAGCCGCGCCGGCCGCGCCCGCUCCGCGCCGAUCCCCACGCUCUCGAUUCCUUGUACUUCACGGGCUUUGCCGAGACCAACAGGACCUUUGUGAUUGCUCGCCUCGGCCGACGCCCUGCUGGCCUCUGUGAGAUGUGGCUCUUCCUGAGGCUGGAUGGGAUAGGCGAGUUUGAACACCCACAGCACCCAAACAUGAUGGUGAGAGAUGAAUCCAAAGAGAUCUGGAGUGGAGGAGGACUCACUAUGGAAUACCUGGAGCCCCAAAUGUGCUGGAAGAUAAAUUUUGAUGGAUUACUCAGGAAAGGAUCCUACAGACAGCAGUGGAGUGAAGAGGAAGGAGAACUUGUACCAGUUAAAUUCUCUUUGCACUGGGAGAACUCCACAGACGUUUUUAACUUUAAUGUUGAUAAUAACCCCAGCACAUUUGCUCGUGCUUUAGCCCAGGAGCCAUGGACCAUCGAGCUCUUCCAGAGGGUCAAAAAACAAAGGGAGCAGCAUUUCCGACACGAGCAGUGGGGCCGGUCUGUUGGAGAGAUUGAAAUAGAAAAUUGUGGGAAAACUGAACUUUCCCUCAAAGGCGUUCGGAGCCACUCCUAUGGUGUCCGGAAUUGGGCUGAGAUUUACCGUUAUGUCAUGAUUUUGGCACACUUUGAAGAUGGGACUGCAGCACAUUUAACAGUUAUUAACAUGCCAGCUACCACAACUCACCUCACUGUAGGUUAUGUGUUUUUUCCUGAUGGGAGGAAGGCUGGCAUUGAGUGGUCCAAUGCCUCCCUGGCUCAGCUGGCUGAGGAUGGGCUUAUCCAGGAUGAGUAUGGAGUCAGUUUUACUGCUGGUGGCAAGAGCUUUGAUGUUUCUGCAGCUCUGGAUAAGCAGACCUGCCCUGUGGUGUACAAUGGCCUGACAGGGAGCGGAGUUUUCCACGAGUGCAUUGCAGAUUUCCAACUCAAUGGGUCAACACCAGGCUGGGGCCUGGUUGAAUUUUAUUACAGGGACGAGGCCGCCCAGCCGGUUCCAAAUCUGCAGCUUGGUGCCAAAGCUGACCCUGCCACCGAUGCCUCUCCCCCGUGAUCAUCUACAAGCUCGUCCCAGCAAUGUUAGCAAGCAGCAGCUUUCCAAAGAAAUGUAAUUCCCUGCAAACAAACACCACUGGUUUGAGUGUAGAACUCGUCACAGGAUGCUGGGGAGGUCAAGGGUAUAAAAGGAUUUGGAGAGAAAUGAGAUCUAUUUUUAUUAGUGCAGCUUUCAGUGGUUGCUAACCAGGGUGGUCUGGAGGCAAUUUGAAGGAAGUCUGAUUGCAGGAGGAAUGCACUGGGAGGGAUCAUUCCAUGCUCUGUCCUUUGGUGUUUUUCCUAAACCUCCAGCUGCUCCCCACCGUGACGACCAGGAUCUCAGGCUACGUGGAUCACUGACCCAAUUUAGCAGCUCUUCUCUUCUCUCAGAUUUGUUUUUGAAAUAAAAACUGUGUAUUUCUGAA